UCCCAGACGACCUUCCCCCAAUCUUUCUUAUUGCUGCGACAGAAAAAACAUUCGCAAACGGGACGUAGUCUGGCUCUGAGCCAUCUCCCCUAGCUUGCUUUGCUCUACCAACAGCCUCUUUUUUUUUCUUCAUCUCCCGUCUUUGUAUCCCCCAAACAUGGUGUAAUCAGCAAGAAAAGGCAUCCAAAACAGCUGCCGGUGCUCUCUCGUCUCUACUUCAUCACAAAAGUAUUGAAAUUACGGGUUUGUUCUCAUUGCUCGAGCAACAUCGCACCCCGAGAACCGACAUUCCAUCCGACACAUUGUUUUCAUCCCCAACCCAACCAGCAGAACCCUGUCUCGAACAUUCCCGCCCCCAUUUUCCCUCGACAAUGGGCUCCGCCGCCGAAGGAGAUAACAAUGGAGGAGGGCGCCCAAGGUCCUCGGUCCUGAAGAGCUUCAUCCAUCGUCGUAACCAGUCCGAGGGCUCUGCGCUCUUCACCUCGCCGCCCUCCGUCCAAGUCACCACCACUCCCGCACAACACAUCCAGGCCACAUACGCCCAGCUCGAAGGCAGAAUGCCGCCCCCUCCCCUCCGUACCGAAGGCCUGGGGGCCCUAGGGGAGCUCAACAACUUUCAAAAGGAUCCCGUCCUGCGUUCGCCCGGAAAAGAAGACGACCGCCGCGACCGAUCCCGCUCGCCCACAAAAUCCGCCUUCAGCAACAUGUCCUUCAAAUCCCUGGCCAAGGAGGCCCGCAAAUCACGCGACGUGUCUCCCGAGAAGCCCAAGAAGACGAAGUCGACCACGAACCUGGCAGGUUUCCUGUCGAGGCCCCGAUCCACCAUGUCCCUCAACAAGAACUCGAAGGAGGAGGAGGAGCGUCGCCAGGCUAAGGACAAGGAGAACCGCACGCCCCCGAGCUCGACGUCGAGCGCCGACAUGACGGGUCCCGCGCCGCCUAUCUACGCACAGUUCUGCAGCCAGGAUCUCGGGAACACUGGGCUGCGCGGCAAGGCAUCAUUCGACGCGAGUAGUGGACGAUACGGGAGCGAUGCCUCGAGCGAGAUAAAGAAGCAGAGACCAAAGUCAUACCAUCCGUCCACCGCAAUCUCCGAGCACAAAUCGACGUCGGAUCUACGCAGCAGACCUAAGAUGGACGGCCGCGAGCCUUCUGCCUCUGAAAGAAUCAAGAGCAAAGUACAACGGCCAAAGCUCUUUACAGCAUUUUCCGCCAUGGGGCACAGCACAAAGUCCAAGGGGUCGGAUGCCUCUUCCGAAAAGGCCAUCGACCCAAAGGAGAUCGAUACCCAUCUGGAGGCCAUGCUCGACCGCCGCAACAUCCCCGAGAAUCAACGCUACAAGAUGCGUAGCUUGGCCGACACGAUCAAGAUGGAGUUCAUCCGACAAGAUUGGGCGGAAAUGGCCGCCAAGGAACAGGCAGGCGCCGCCGACAGCAACGAGCCUUCAUCCGCAGUGACGGGGGGCUCUGACCGCGACGAGACCCAAUCGAAGCGAUCCCGCGGAAGAAGCUUCACGCUUUCGCGCAAGAAGGAGCCUGCUUCCCCGACGAAGAAAUCCAAGGGCGACGGGAGCUCGAUCGGCCGCCACUUCAGAAGCAAGUCUUCCGAAAGCGUGGUGAGCGAGCGGCCGACAUCGGCCGGCUCCACAGCAAGUAACGGCAUUCUUUCUAAGAUCAAGUUCGGCCAGGGGCCGGGAGACUACGUUUCCUACCUGCGGAAGGUGCAGAAACCGGAACUGGUUGAGGUCGGGAAGCUGCACAAGCUGCGUUUGCUUCUGCGCAACGAGACCGUUUCUUGGACAGAGGACUUUAUCCGCCAGGGCGGCAUGCAGGAGAUUGUCGGGUUGUUGAACCGAAUUCUCGCCAUCGAGUGGAGAGAGGAACACGACGAUGCCCUUCUUCACGAGAACCUGUUAUGCUUAAAGGCCCUCUGCACGACAGCACUGGCCUUGCAAUAUCUCCACUCCAUCCACGAGGACCUAUUCCCCAAACUCCUCCACAUGCUGUUCGACCCCGAAAAGAAGGGCCCCAGCGAGUUUACUACACGCAACAUCAUCACGUCAGUGCUAUUCACAUAUAUUGAAACAGCCGCUCCCGUCGAGCGGAUCGCUCGUGCUCAAAAGGUGCUCUCGUUCCUGCGAAAUCCCCAGCCCAAAGAAGAAGAGAGACCCGUUGGCUUCGUGCUGGAAAUGCGAAAAGAACGCCCCUACACCGUCUGGAACAAAGAGGUGGUCAGCGUCACGAAGGAGGUCUUCUGGAUCUUCCUGCACCACCUUAAUGUAAUUGCGCUACCCUCCGAUAUGUCGACCAGGGGCGGCGUGCCGCUGACCACCUUGACGAACGGCGCCCAAGACCCGUACCUCUACAUGCACAGGCACUUCCCCUCGGAGCGCCCGCCAGUGCCGGCAGCGCCCUACGUCGGCGGGGUCGAGUGGGACGCGACCAACUAUCUCGCCUCUCAUCUGGAUCUCAUGAACGCCAUCAUCGCAUGCACGCCCACGACGACGCAGCGCAACAACCUGCGCAACGACCUGCGAAUUUCGGGCUGGGAGAAGGUGCUCGGCGGCAGCCUUCGGCUCUGCAAGGAAAAGUUCUAUGGUUGCGUUCACGAGGCCCUGCGGUGCUGGGUCGCAGCCGCCACCGAGGACGGCUGGGACGCCCGCGACGUGCGCUACGGCCCGCCGCCCGAGUCGCGGAGCGCUAGCCCCGCGAAGAAGACCAACGCGGCCCAGAAGGCCAAGCAGGCCGAGGCGCCGCCCAAGAUUGAAAUCCCCAAGCUGGAUUUCGGCUUUGACAACCACCGCAUCACGCCGGUCCAGGACAGAGAUAUUUGGUUGUCGUGAGGGGUAGCGACCAUACUACACAUACCCAGUAGUAAUAGGGGACGAAGAGAACGUCGAAACACUCUCGGAGACGGUUGGGACCUCAGCAGCAUACCCCGCCCUCCAACUCUCUCCGAGAGACAAUUGUAUAUCACUGCUACAGGAAGCGCGAAAAAGAGAACAGGAUGUGGGAGACGACGAUGCGUAUGUCGUCUAGGGCUCCCUCAGUGCCAGAGUGUCUUCCUCAAGAUUGUCAACGCAGGCAGGCGAAGCACACACCCCGCUCCCCCCGCCCUUCUCUGUCUUAUUGUCCUACCCUUGCUCCGACUGAGAUGGAGCGGGCUUAUCGCGGGGUGUGGUCGCGAAACCAACGGCGCUGGUUGCCUUGCGGAAUUUAGGUUGGAUCAAGGAAAGGGGAAAGGAGUUGUUGUUUUUUUCUCUAGUACUUUUAUCGUUUUUUUCUUUUCUUCUCUUCGUCUUUUCCACCCUCUUUCCCCCCCCAAAACGUUGCGUCUCUUUCUUAUUGUCAUGCAUGGGGGACGGGGGUUAUGGGGGAGAGAAUUGUCUGGCUUAUACAACAUCCAUGCUGCCUAAUGCUUCUUAUGAAGGGCACGUUUAUGAAUUGAUGAUCAUCAUACAUAGAAAAAGCAUUUUUUUGUGCGCUCCGCUCGUUUUUGAUAACCGACGCCGCUCCCUCCCUCCCUACCCUUCCCCUCGCCUCCCAAUGCGCCGUGCCCUCUGUUCUUCGAGUCUCUCCGUAUGUGCGUUUGUGUGUGGGUGGGUGUGAUGACUGUUUGCCCCUA